AUGGAAGAGAGAGAGAGAGAGAGAGUGCCAUCUCUUGAACAUAACAACAAAAUCAUUGGAGAAAGUCUGGAUUUGGUGAAAUAUCUAGAUGCUCACUUUGACGGGCCGCAUUACUACCAGAUUCCUACCAAAAGAGAGUUUGCUGAGGAGUUAUUCACAUACAACGACACAUUUAGUAAAACAGUUUUAUCAUCGUUUAAAGGAGAUGUUGUGAAAGAAGCUGGUGUUGCUUUUGAUUAUUUGGAAUCCGCUCUUCGGAAGUUUGACGAUCCAUUUUUCCUUGGAGAGAUCAGUUUGGUUUGGGCAGAGGAUGGUGAUAGCGAUGCUUGGCAUUAUGUGCAGACUCUAAGUGAAUCAAACAGUGAUGAUCUCACCAUUAAGGUGUGGGGAGUGGACAUUAUAAGAUUACAAUAUGUCCGGUUACCAUGAUCGGACUAUUUUCUCAGUCUAUUGGUCAAGGUAGCAUAUCAGCACAGUUUUUGAAUAGUUUUCAUCUUUUCUUUAUUUAAGUGAUUUGCUCUACUUUGAACUAAUUUGCGCAUUUUGUAUGUUCAAAGUGACAAACGAGGUGAAGGUAUGUAUAAUUUAAGUGGUAAAAAAUGGUUCAGAUGUGGUUGUGAUUUUGGUCGAUCUCUAUCAUCGUUUAUUUUAAUGUGUGUUUUAUUAAAAAAAAUGAAGCUUUUUAUCGAAAUCAGGACGUUUUGAAGCCGACACAGUCAACUGAGAGUCUUAAGAUAUUUGAAGAUGAGGAAGAUCAACCUGUGCCCAUGGCAUUGGAAGCCACCGAACCUGAAAAGGAUCUUAUGUUCUAUUUGAAGCUCGAGGAGAAAAUCCAUGCAAAAGAAGAGGAAAAAAAACACAAUGCAAGCAAAAACAAAGAAGCUCCACAACAGGAGAUGAGAAGCCACAAUAACAGGGAACCCUGCUAGCCUAUAGUUUUAGUUUUAGGUGUAACGAAAGAGCCGAAAAACGUAAAGAGUUCUAUUCGAAGCUCGAGGAGAAAAUCCAUGCAAAAGAAGAGGAAAAAAACACACUGCAAGC